CCAGCUUUCGUACGAGCGGUGAUGUUGCUUAUUGUGUAUAUUUCGUCUGCGGCCGUUUAUUGAAAUCUGCAUCAUUCCGUAACUGUGACGUCCCCACUUCGAAAGCCGUAGCCUGGAAAUGGAAUAUAGCGCAGAACUCGCUGUCGUACAGUCGGCUCUGUGCCUGGCGAAGUCGCUACUGGUAGAGCGACGUCGGAUGGAGGAAGCCGUGUCCGUAGUGGCCAGCGCCGUCGCCGAAGUCACUGAAGGUCUCGAAAUUUUGACGACCGACGAGGAGAAGCGCCACUUGUCUUCGACGCUGCACGCGUUGAUCUUCUACAACACGUGGUGCCACCUACGCUCGCGGCCCGCGCCAUACCUGGAUCGCGUCGCCGCGUCGCUUCCCUCGCCUCGGCGGUCACGCCAGAGGAAUUCUACGUCGAGCUGCUGCUGGCCUGCGAUUGGCUGGAGUAUCUCGCUCAGAGCCUUGCUGCGGUCCGUGUGGAUGCGGGUCGCGUCAUCGUUGCCGCGGUGAUCGCUUGCGCCGCCGCCGGAGACGCGCCACUUCUCCGCCUCCGCAUCCUCCGCCACCUCCUGCGUCACGCGACGCUCGACGUCGCCACGGCAACGACGAACGACGACCGCCCUCCGCAGACGGGAGACGCGCGACCUUCUGAAGACUACAAGGUCGCGGGCAAGGUGGCGACGGCAGACGCACGACCUUCGAACGAAUCCAAGGACGCAAGACGCGAUGCGCGGUGUCGCCUCGUGGACGACCUGCUCGUUGCCGUGGCAACCGACGCGGCGUUGACGACCGUCGCUGCAUCGGGGAUGUGGACAGAGUUGCUCGAAGCCAUCGCCGGCGCAAUCGAACGCAGCCGCCCCCGCGUGGACAUUGCCACGGCGACGACCCCUCGCGACCUCUCGCGGGUCGCCGACUCCUGCGGCGACCUCAUCGACGACCUGUCCGCGGGAACGGCCCGCCGUCGCCCUGGCGACGAACUCUCGCGGAGGCUGCCGCGCGGUUCCGCAGUUCGCGGCCGUUGUUUGCCGUCGUUCGCGAUCUCGCGUGGCGCCCUCUCUCGGUUCCUCUCCGCCGCCACCGCCGCGGCAGCGCGCGAGGGGGAAGGACCUGGGGGCGAGCCGGGAUCUCUCCCGCCAGGAUCUAUCCCGGCAGGACUAACGCGGAUCGUCGACUCGCUCUCGUCGGUCGACGACGAGAUUUUUCCGGACGAAUCCAGGAGACGAGAUGUGGCGGGUUGCCGCGGCGACGGCGCCUCGUCGUUGGGUGGAGGAGGCGGCGAUGGGUUCUCGUCGGACGAGACGGCGACCUUGGACGACGCGCUGUGGAGAAUAGAGGAGGGACUGGAGGGCUACGAAGAAUGCAUCGAGAAGCUGGUAGGUGGCGCCACCUACCUCGAGGACGCGCGCUGCGUCGCCGCGCUACGCGGAGUCUGCGGCGGACUGACGACGAGGGAGGUGUCGCUGCUGCUAGACACGGUGGCGUCGUCCGCCGGGCUGCGGCAGGACACCAACGUUCGACAGCUGCUGCUGGCGACGUACGACGCGUUGCCGCUCUACGGGAAACAUCGUCUGCUGGGCCGGCGUCUGCGCGCGUGCGACGUCGCCAUGGCGACGGGGGAGUGGCUGUGCACGGUCGACUUCCAGCAGACGCUCACCGCAUUCCUCAACAAGCUGUCCGGCGGCGGCGACCGCCUGGUCGGCGAGGUUCUCCGGUCACCGGGAGCUCAGCGGCGCGGGUACGGGGUAGCGCAGGGUCACAGGCGGUCGCCGGCGCAGCAGGUCGCGUGCCUGCUGUGGGCUGGCGUCCCGCGUGCGGACGCGCGGCGGGCCGCGGCGACGCUGCGCGCGCGCUGCUGGCGCGUGCUCGCGUGGGGGUCGGGCGAGACGAGACGCUGGCGGCCGCCGUCGAGACGCUGUGCGAGACGAGGAGGAGCGGGUCGCGCUGCUAGGGGCGCCACCGCCGCGAGACGUGACGGGGUCGCGGGGUCGGCCGAGUGUUUCUCGUGGCGGCGCGGCGGCGGCGAAAGCCUCGCUUACUAG